AUGAAAGCAUUCUCUCUCUCUGCAUUGAGCACUCUCUUUGCUGGCUUGACGCUGGCUCAUCCCGUCGACCUGAAGGCCCGGUCUGGUUUUUCCGAUGUUGACAUUACGAUCCUUCAAUUUGCCUUGACGCUCGAGCAUCUCGAAAACACGUUCUAUCAACAAGCAUUUAACACGUUCACUUUGCAACACUUCCUUGACGCUGGCUUCGAUGAGGACUUCUUCUUGAAUUUGCAAUUCAUUGCCUCGGACGAGUCGGCCCAUGUCGAGCUGCUUCAAGUCGCUAUCCAAUCCGCCGGCAUUGUCCCCGUCGCUCCCUGCCAAUAUAGUUUCCCUGUCACCGAUGUCGCCAGCUUUGUGACUUUGUCCGCCAUCCUCGAAAGCGUCGGCACCAGCGCCUACCUCGGUGCGGCGCCCUUCGUUGGAUCAAAGGAUAUUCUAGCUGUCGCCGCGAGCAUCAUGGUAACUGAGGCUCUUCACACGUCCCUGCAGAGGUCGUCCCUUGGUGGAAUUGGUGCCGCCGAUCCCUUUGGAACUUCUCUCGAUGCGAAUUCCGUCUUUACCCUCGCUGCCCAAUUCAUCGUGUCCUGCCCUCCGGAGAACCCACCGUUGCCAUUCACUGCAUUCCCAGGCCUCCAGGUUGAUGCACAGCCUUGCUUUGGCGAAGACUCUUUUGCUACUUCUGCCGUCGAAGCUGCCGUCACUGAUGUUGCGAGUGCGACGGCCACUUACUCCACUGAUACCGCGACCGUCACUGACUAUGUUGCGGCGGCCAAUGCCACCGAGACCGCCGCUGAGACUGCUACCGAAACCGCCUCUGCGACGGAAUCUACCAUGGAGAUGGCUAUGGAGACUCCAGCCCCUGAACGUCUCCGAGCACGCACUGACUCUCUCAGCUGUGCUGCUCCUUUCGCUGGUUCCAACGUCAACUUGAUCCCUGACUUCGGUGCCUCGAGUCAUGACUUUAGCCAGAUUGUCACUAUUUUCGUGACCUUCGUCUCUGGCCUCAACGUCAUCUCCGUGGCGGCCACCAUCUCAAGCGGUACAAUCAGCGUUUCUAUCCCCUCAGGCAUUGGCGGACAGGUCUUUAUUUUCAUCACUAUCAUCGACAUCACUGGCGGAAAACUCAGUGACAGUGACGUGCUCUUUGGUCCAGCGAUUAUGGAGGUCGCUCCUGCGGUCCCUUCGCUCGGUCACUAA